AUGAAUUAUACUUCAGUUAAUAAAAGAAGAUUAUGGGUUCUUAUAGUAUUUCUCAUCUUAUAUAAUAUUAAAUGUAUAUGCGAAAAUAUAAGUGACUUAAAAAAAAGACUAUGCUUUAAUAAUUUUUCGAAUUCGAAAAAAAAAAUAAAAAAAAAAUGGCUAGCCAAAAAAAAAAAAAAUUAUUUGACCAUAUGGGAAAACAAAAUAUAUACCACAAAAAGGAGAAAUGGUUAUGGAAAGAUUGAAUACAAAAGAGAGGAGAAUAAGAAAGAUGAUUAUAAUUUUAUGAAUACUUCUUUAUAUUUAAAUUAUAUUUCAAAUGUGAAGAAUUUUUUAUUUAAUAAAAAUAAUGAUAAAAAAAAUAAAAUAUAUUAUCAUAAGUGUAAAAAGUGUAAUAUUAUUCAGGCAAAAAUAAAUGAUAACGAUAGUUUGCUCUCUGAUGAAGAGUUCAGGAAUGACGUGGACAGAAAUGACAAGGAAUAUUAUAAUAUUAAAAAAGAAUAUUCUGAAAAUAUGUGUAAUCAGAAUAGAAUAAAUGAUUUAUCAAAUUGUUCUGUAUCAUCAAAUAAUAAUAUUUUAAAUGAAUGUUCCAGUGAAGUAAAAAAAGAAAUGAAUUAUCCAUCAGAUAAUGAAUUAUACGAUAAUUUAAAUGAUAAUACGAUUGUACAUUUAAAAUCUGAAAAAUGCAAAGAAAAAUAUAUUCGUAAUUUCUGCAUCUUGGCACAUAUCGAUAGUGGUAAAUCUACGUUAGCUGAUCGAUUUUUAGAACUUACAAAUACAAUUAAAAAAAAAAGGAUGCAAGAACAAUUUUUAGAUAUGAUGUGUUUAGAAAGAGAAAAGGGUAUAACAAUAAAAUUAAAAGCUGUAAGAAUGCAUUAUAAUAAUUAUAUAUUUAAUUUGAUUGACACUCCUGGACAUUUCGAUUUUUAUCAUGAAGUAAAAAGAUCAUUAAAUGUGUGUGAAGGUGCUAUCCUUUUAAUUGAUGGAGGUAAAGGUAUACAAUCACAAACCUUAAAUAUAUUUUUUGAAUUAAAAAAACAUGAUAUAAAAAUAAUACCCGUUAUUAAUAAAAUAGAUUUAAGUACAUGUUUAUAUGAUAAAAUAAAAGAUGAUUUGAUUAAUAAAUUUAAUUUUAAAGAAAACGAAAUUUUGAAAAUUUCAGCAAAAUAUGGUAAGAAUGUAAAAAUGUUAUUUCAAAGAAUUAUUAGUGAUAUCCCCCCACCAAUAAAUACCAUCAAUAGCUUUUUUAGAGGUGUUGUUUUUGAUUCCUUUUUUGAUCAAUAUAAAGGGGUGGUAUUAAUUAUUAAAGUUCUUAAUGGAGAAUUAAGAAAAAAAACAGAAAUCUUUUUUAUUAACAGUGCAAAGAGUUAUAUUAUACAAGAAGUUGGAUAUCUAGUCCCAGAGAUGAAACCUACGGAUGUUAUAUCUCAAGGGGAUAUAGCAUAUGUAUGUUCAAAUAUAAGAAAUUGUGAUGAUAUUCAAAUAAGUGAAACUAUAGUAAAUAAAGAUAUUAUUAAGAAAAAUAAUAAUAAUGAGUUUGUUAUUAAUUUUAAAAAGAUAAACCUUGAAAGGGACAAAAAUAUUAUGCAACGUUUAAGUGAUGAGGGUAAACAAUAUUUGAUCCAUCACAAUAAAGGGGAAAUAAAAUGUGAUGAAAAUGAAGGACAAGUAAAAUGUGAUGAAAAUGAAGGACAAAUAAAAUGUGAUGAAAAUGAAGGACAAAUAAAAUGUGAUGAAAAUGAAGGACAAAUAAAAUGUGAUGAAAAUGAAGGACAAAUAAAAUGUGAUGAAAAUGAAGGACAAGUAAAAUUUGAUGAAAAUGAAGGACACGUAAAAUGUGAUGAAAAUGAAGGACAAGUAAAAUGUGAUGAAAAUGAAGGACAAGUAAAAUGUGAUGAAAAUGGAGAGAUAAAAUCAUUUCAAUAUAAUGAAAUAAAAGAUGAUGAAAGAUAUGAACGAAAUAAAGAAGAAAUAAUAUAUGAUCAUGAACAUAAAAAGGAAGGAACAUUUAAUAUUCAUAAAAAUGAUGACCGUAUAAAGGAUAAUAUAACAGAAAAAGAAAACUUUUCUUGUAGUAUCCAAGGAAAUGAUAAUGCCUUUCCCAUUUCGGAAAAAAAUGACAUUAAUAUAAAAAGCAUUGCUGCUAACAAAAUAGAAGCAUCGUAUCCAUCUGUUUAUUGUAACAUUUAUUGUGUGAAUGAUAAGAAGUCCAAUGAAUUAGAAAUGUCAUUAAAUAAAUUAAAAUUAAACGAUAGUUCUUUUUCUUUUAAAAAAUAUAUAUGUGAAACAUUAGGUAAAGGUUUUAAGUGCGGAUUUAAUGGUUUAUUACAUUUAAAUAUAAUUCAAGAAAGAAUAAGAAGAGAAUAUAAUAUUGACACUAUCGUAACAGCACCAUCUGUUAAUUAUUUAAUAAGAGUAAAAGAAAAAUAUAUGGAUAAAAGAUUAAAAGAAAAAUUACUUGAAAAAAAUUUUGAUAUACAAAAUAUGUAUAUUGAACAAAUGGAUAAAAUAUCCUCUAAUGAUUCUUUCUUUUUUAUGACAAGUAAUGUUAAUGAUAUCCCAACAAAAAAUGUAGUACAUACUAUAUAUGAACCAUAUGUUAAAACUAAUAUUAUAACACCAGAAAUUUAUCAGAAAUAUAUAAUGAAUGAAUGCUUUAAAAGAAGAGGCAUCUUUAUUAAAAAAGAAAUUAUGAAUGAUCAAAUUAUUUUUUUAUUUCAAAUGCCUUUAUCAGAAAUACUUAUUAAUUUUCUAGAUCAAAUAAAAUCAUCUACUAAAGGAUAUGGAUCUAUGAGUUAUGAAAAUAUUAUUAUUUAUAAACCUAGUGAAUUAUAUAAAAUUCAUAUAUAUAUAAAUAAAAAGAAAAUAGACUCUUUAUCAUUUCUAGCACAUAAACUAAAUUAUGAGGACAAAUCAAGAAAACUUGUAUCCAAAUUAAAAAAUUUAAUUAAUCCUCAUCAAUUCCUUAUUAUCAUACAAGCAGCACUAGAAUCGAAAAUUUUUGUUUCUGAAAAAAUUAAACCUCUUAAAAAAAAUGUAACAGCCAAAUGUUACGGUGGAGAUAUUACCAGAAGAAGAAAACUGAUUGAAAAGCAAAAUGAAGGAAAGAAGAAGAUGUUUGAAAUUGGCAAGGUGAAAUUACCUCCUAAUAUUUUUACGAAGCUCUUUGACAUAAAGAGUGAAUAA